CCGCACUGUAUCUUUAUCCCCGACCAGCAGUGUCCCCGCGACGCCGUUGGUCUUUGCUUUCUUUCCGCUGGUGCUGCGGCCUAAGGACCCUCACUGCGCAGCUGCUAUCGCCAGCACCUACGACCGCAACCGGCCGUCAAUCAUCCCGGGAUGCCUGUCAUCGACGGAGAAAAAUGGGCUUGCUCGUCCUGCAUCAAAGGUCACCGAGUGAGCGGCUGCACCCACAAUGAUCGAGAACUCCACCACAUCAACCCCAAGGGUCGCCCAGUCAAGCAAUGCGAGCAUUGUCGCGGCGCACGCAAGUCCAAGUCUCAUCACGCCAAGUGCGACUGUGGCGAUAAGAAAGACAAGGACAAGCACAAAGACAAGGGCGACGCGACGGCUCAUGUCAGCGGCUGUCAGUGCCACUCUGGCGGCAAGUGCGUAUGUGGCACCAUCAAGGAAGAACCUCUUGACCUGAAGAUGGACACUGGCCGUCAGACACUCCACGAGGCUCGCGCGAAACCGAAGCUCACGACGGCGCAAUCUGAGAGUCACUUGACCGUCUUCGCGAACGGGCAUCACAAGCCCUGUCACCGUAGCAACAACACCGCCCACGUGUCUGGCAUGCCGUACAAGAUCCCACGCCCGCACACGCUGCACGGUCAUUCUUCCUUUGUUGCCUUGGCUAGGAGCGACAACAACUACAACGUCAAGCCAGAGGCGCCCGCUCUAGCCUCGCGCUCCAUGGACACGCUGUCGCUCUCCAACCCCGAUUUCUACGCCUUCCUCGGAAACGGCCAGCGUCCGAACGACCUACCUAUGACGACUAUGGCAGGCAGUCUUGACACUCUCAAUUUCCAAGACUCGUUCUUCAACAACCAGAACGGCGCAUUCGGUGCCCACGACAGCAGCAAUUCUCCUGAGAGCAACGCGAGCGACAACUUUUCAACCCAGCAGUGGCCAUGGACCACGACCACCGGGACUCCUGUCAAUUACAACUUCGACUUUGGUGGCCUCUCAACCUCUCCAUCGCAAGAGUGUCUCCCUAAUCUGGAUAAUCAAUGGUCUAUUCCUUCUGCUGGCUUCGAUCCCAUCUGGUCUGCUGGGGACCUUCCUCUGGAUCCCAGCAAGCUUGACGACAGCUUGGCGCAGCCAAUCUCGCACAGUGGGGAGUCGAAACAAAGCGGCCCCGGCCUCACCGUUGCCUCUUCUGUUCACUCGGAGAUUGGAGAGCCGAACCCAUUCGCCGACAUGGACUUUAACAAGGCCCCCCAGUCAGCUGCCAGCGAGUCCCUUUUCUGGGAAGAUCAGCCUGUCUACCGCUUCAGCACCGCCAUGCCAACUGAGAAUCUUAUCGCUCCCAUGUCAAUACCCGUCACGACUAUGUCAAUAAGCCAACCUUUCGAGUCCGACUUCUCCAAGAGCCAGAGCAUAGCUCCAACGACCAUGCCCACGACCAGUAUGGCCGACUUCGCCGACACUGCCGCGAUAGCUAUCCCUGGCAACUUCGAUGACGUCGUUCCCAGUAACCCUUGGCCCAUGGAGCAAAACCUAAUGGCUUUUGACGGCAUGAAUUCUUUUGACACUACCUACACACAGAACUGGCUGUAGUAGGUCCAGGCCAAGUCUUAGACGCCUGAAAGGGCACCGGGCUUCGUCACAGACUCAGUCCCUUUGAUGACGCCAUGAUUGAUGACGGUACUGGUGUGCAGUGAUACCUCUCGAGCCGAUCUCUAUUAUUACUUUCUUCCCAGCCUUUGUGGCUUUUUCGAACCCCCAGUCGCCUGUGUAUACUCUAUAGACCUG